UCAAGUGUGACAUGACAUCCGUCACAAAAAUGGCUGCGCUUCGAGUGUUUAGUCGUAAUAUUCCGUAUUUACGACAACAAUUUUCAGCUUUAUUAGGGAACACAUCGCCUACAGUGAAAUUUAUUUGUGUUGUAGUAGUUAUAGGGUAUAUAUUGUCAUUUUCGCAAGAUGUGGUGGACGUGCUCAGUGUUACGCCAGGAUAUUUGUUGCCUCCUUCGUUUCAAUUGUGGUCCACUUUCACGUUCUGGUUUCUUGAGAUACAUUUGUGGGAGGUGAUUAUAGAUAUCGUGACGGUUGGUUUGUGUGGAAAGUUGAUAGAGCCGUUAUGGGGUCAAAUGGAAAUGAUGAAGUUCUUCUUCCUGACGAACAUUGGUGUUGCAUUUCUAACGACAUUUUAUUACUUGGUGAUAUACGCUUGGACACAGGACACGACGCUAUUAUUCGAUAUACACGUCCACGGCUUGGCCGGCUAUCUGGCGGCUGUGAGUGUGGCUGUUAAACAGAUAAUGCCAGAUCAUCUGUUAAUUAAAACACCAUUGGGUAAAUUAACAAAUAGAUCACUCCCACUUCUGAUACUCAUAGCAGCCAUCUUGCUGUGGGCUGUGGGAGCAUUGGAGGGCACAUACCCUUGCAUGUGGGGCAGUGGCACUCUGUUGUCAUGGAUAUAUCUGCGGUUCUGGCAACGACACAGCAGUGGUACUAGAGGAGACAUGGCAGACAACUUCAGUUUUGAUAAUUUCUUCCCGACGGUCCUGCAGCCGGUCGUGCGCGGCGUGGUGGGGCCGGUGCACCGCUGCUGCGUGCGCAUGGGCGUGUGCAGCCCCAGCCCGCGCCGCGUGCACCUGGCGCUCAACCCGCGCGGCGUCACCAUCACCAUGCCCGGCGUGGAGCCCCAGGACAUGGAGCGCCGUCGCCAAAUAGCCCUGAAGGCACUAAGCGAGAGAUUAUCCAAGACAUCAGAACAGACGCGCCAAAAGAACCUAUCAACCAAAGUGAACAUGGAGGCGGUGAGGAAGAUGCAGUCGCACGUCAUACCGCAGUUCCCUGCCGAGGGCGACUCCAGCGAACCCACCGCGCCGGCCGAGGCCACCCUGGUGGACAUCACAUCCGAACCGCCGCCCCCCAAGACGUCAUGAUCGUAGGCGAUUAGUUAGAUUAGUAGCACACCUAUAGAAAUCUUAAUAAUAUGGCAAUAGAAAUGGCGUAGAGUCCAAACAGUUUCCUAAGGCUGCUUGUCAACCGGAGCGAGGGAGCGUAGCGGAGAGACGGUCUAAUGCGGAGCGGAGUUGCGUACUGUAUGUCUACCGGAGCAGAGCGAGGCUGCGGAGCGGAAUUGCAGACUACGUAAAAUAAAUAAAUGUUAAAGUAGAACCGGCAUUCCUGCAUAAAUACCAAUAACAACAUCCGAUAUACCAUUAGAUAGGAUUUUUAUGUACUUUAUUAAUAAUAAGGUCAAAAGCACCUAAUUACUGUGUGAAAAAAGUUAUGGCUCAAAAAAACAACGAUAUUUUUCUUUAAAACAACUCAAAAUGGUUUAACUUUUGGUUUAGCUUUACGUCAUAACUCGGUUACUGGCAAAAAUAUCAACCUGUUCAAUAUAAAAAAUAUUAUUUCUCUAUAUUUAUAAAAAAUAUAUCCAAAAUGUUACUUUCAGUCGUAACUUGUAUGCACGAUUUAUUUUUCUUUAAAAUGAGAUCAUGUUAAAACUUGUUCACAGACUUUAUUUCAUAGGGUACUCCUAUAUUUUCAUGUAAAUAAAGUCUGAUUUUUUUUUGCCAUAAAUUUUUUCACACAGCAUUCAGGUACUUCUUGCUAUAACAAAAGUUAAAGUACAUAAAAAACCUAUCCAAUGAUAUAUCGAAUGUUGUACCCCUGUACGCUACCGGUUUUAUAUGAAUUUUUAAACUAGCUUGCAAGUCCCAGUUCACUUAAGAGGAGCUGAGAUUUUGUGCAAUCCUAUUGGUUAAUAUUUCUCCAUUUCUCGACUCCGCUGCCUCGCUCCGCUUCGGUGGAUUGACAGCCUGAUAAUUGGAGUCCUGAGUCUGAGGUUAUGAAGUAUUGAGCUUUCUUUAUUCUAAGAAAAUUUCAGUAAGAAUUCUCAGUUCGAAGUUAGGGAAAGUUAGUCGUAUUACAUUCAGUGCCUCAGAGCAUGGUCUAUCGGUCUCGGUCAUUGUUAUUAUUAUCUGGUAGUUAUCGUCAAAGAGUAUUACAUUAUCACCAAAAACCAACAACCCGCAUUAGAGCGUGGUGGGUUUAAGCACCAGAUGCCCUCCUAAAACUGCAUUGGUCCAGUUGCUAGUCCUUCCGUAUACGCCAUUUCUAUUGCUUUGACAAGUUUUCUGUGAGCACACCCCAUAUAUUUGCGUAAUUCCUAACGAAUUAGUACCUAGAAUGUGAUUACCAUUGUGUUUACUUUUAUAAUGCAGGCUGCAAACGUUCAGUUAUUUUGAUUAGAUUGUCAGUUCAACUGCGGACGGUGUAGCUUUUUUUAUAUUUUUUACAAGUUAGCCCUUGACAAUCUCACCUGAUGGUAAGUGAGGAUGCAGUCUAAGAUGGAAGCGGGCUCACUUGUUAGGAGGAGGAUGAAAAUCCACACUCCUUUUGAUUUAUACACGACAUCGUAUCGGAACGCUAAAUCGCUUGGCGGUACGUCUUUGCCGGUGGGGUGGUAACUAGCCACGGCCGAAGCCUCCCACCAGCCAAACCUGGACGAGUUUAGAAAAUCUCAAUCUGCCCAGCUGGGGAUCGAACUCAAGACCUCCUUUGUAAAUCCACCGCGCAUACCACUGCGCCACAGAGGCCGUAAAAGCCUCAUAAGCGUAAAAGGUCGUUGACAUUUUGAACUGACGGUUUGUAGCCCAAGCAAACUCAAAAUCACAUGAUUAAGUCCUCGUACUAAAGGGGUGGGAUAAGACAGUAGAGGGAAGCGAUGGUCGUUAUUAUAGUAUUUUUGUUUUUAUACCAUUUUGUAAUUUUAAGUAUGGCGCGCAUUAUAUCUGAUUACACUGCAAAUCAUUAUAUUAUGUUCGUACUGUAAUAUUGUCGGGGUACGAUUUACAACAUUAUGCAACCUAACCCUACUUAUUGACAAUAUCAUUGUGCGAGUGUGGGCAACCUAUAACUUCUGUGACCUAGUCUAUGACAAUUACUAUGUCACGUGUAUAAAGUUGAGCGGCGAAUGACUGCGAAUUUCUAGGUAGAUGCCUCAUUAGCGGGUUGGUUUUCGUCGUCGACUCGUUGCAACGGAUCACAUUGUAUGCCACACUUGCGUUGCGACGUACGCACCCAAUCGGUCUCAACAAUAUAUCGAAACUGUGAGUUGUAGCAACGGAGCUGUGGCGACGCAACAUUUUAUAGUUCGUGUGCUGUAGCACAGCGCGAGUGACAGUUCGUUUCACUCUUUAAAGUUGCGCGAUAAUGGUACGAAUUAUGAACGUCAUACAGGCUAUCACCUGCACCAUGCUACAGCGCACUAGGUAGAGCAUGUCAUUUAAAAUACAUAUAUGAAAACGACGCAGCAUCGACGCUGUGAUGUCGCAAAGCUCUAAUGGAGCAUCUCUCUUACGUGGGUAAAGUUCAUUUUUAUACUUCGAUUUAGUUGUAUUUACGUCAUUACCUUCUUUAAUUACACAAAUAAGUGUUCAAAAUUGAUGAGUCAGGGAAACUAGGAACUAGAUACAUUUAGAUGUUCAUUUAUUUUUUUCCCAAUAAUUAUAAAAUGAGAGACAUCAUUACUUAAUGCUGUUAACUUGCUCACUUUAACCCAAACAGGCCUUUUUACAAUGCCAUUUCUAUUACCUUUUUAUUAGAAUUUUUAUUCUUGUAUCUGUUCUAAGCUAGUCCACUACCAUCUCAAACUGUAUUGUCACUUAACAUCACGUGAGAUCGCAGGCUAAGUCCAAAGUAGUUGAGUAAAAAAGUUGAUGAAAACAUACAUCACAAUACGCAUUUCAUUUCAUCACGGCUCAGUACUAAAGUGUGUUUCCUUUUUAAUUUUACGAGCAGUGGCGUAACUAUACUGUGGCUUAUUUAUUAGAUACAGACCCGUAGGUACAGUUAUAAACAAAAGUGUUAGACGCGUGCUCUAUGGUUGCCCGGUACAUUAGCUGUCUUGGCCAUCCCCGGCCCAGGCCUACUCUUACAGCCCGGCAACUUACUUAUAUUUAUUAAAUCUUGAUAAUUCUACUUUAAUAAUGAAAUCAUUACUUUAUCAAAAAAAACUUUACGACAUUUUCAAUUCAUCUUUAAUUUGUCCACAACAGGGACAAGUUAAGAUCGUUGAACAUACAGCCUGAGUAAUACGAUAUUUUUUGAAGGUUUGUUUGUUCGUUUUCUUGUUUGUUAAGCUUGUUGGCAACAGAAAAAAAUAAUAAUACAGCUUUAAAUGUUACUUCGCCGAUUUGGUACACCGGCGAACAUUUUGCCUUAGAAGAGUGAUAAAAAAAACGCAUUUUUCUUCAAGAAACAUACUUUUAUCAAGCCAUUUGUUUAACCAGAUCCUUAUUUAUACAUCAUGUUAUCAUCUACAUUAUACUUUUAUUCGGGGGUAUACCUUGGGUUUUUUGGGCCGGUGGGACCUACGAAUUUAUAGGCCGCGCACUAUAGAAAAAGCCUAGAAAAUGGUCACGCUGGAAUUUUUUUUUUUUAAUAUCGGAUUAUUUCUGAACUCACAGCCUCACACGCCGGGGGUCUUUUGGACCGUUGGCCACUCUAGUUACGCCUCUGUUUGCGGUUGUGUAUUGUAAGGGGGUGUAAAUUAUACAGAAUUAUGCAUUUGUUAUGGUGCCUGACGGGCACAAUGUGAAUGAGAUGUAAAUAAUAAUAAAUAAUUAAUUAUAUUAAUAAUACAUAAAUGAUUAGUGUUAUUAUUGAAUAAAAACCCAUCAAUUAAAA